ACGAUGAGAGGCAGUGAACAGCGGAGGUCUAACGUUAGCUCAGCUACUCACUAGGACAGAGACGUUGGACUGUGAGGACGUUUUGCUGUGAACAUUUCCGAAGGCAAAUGUUAACUUUCGGAUAGUACCGUUUGCUAGACUGUCUAGCGUUUCGGGGGCUAGCUUUCAGUUUACUUACUGGUGUUCUGCGGUGGAAAUAGGAAAAAUGUCGUCUCCAAGUCCGGGUAAAAGGCGAAUGGAUACCGAUGUGGUGAAACUCAUUGAGAGCAAGCAUGAAGUCACCAUCCUCAGCGGACUCAAUGAAUUUGUAGUGAAGUUUUUCGGACCACAAGGAACACCGUAUGAGGGAGGCGUGUGGAAGGUGCGAGUAGAUCUUCCUGACAAAUAUCCUUUCAAAUCACCAUCAAUAGGAUUCAUGAACAAGAUUUUUCAUCCCAACAUUGACGAAGCGUCAGGGACAGUGUGCUUAGAUGUCAUCAACCAGACAUGGACAGCCCUUUAUGACCUGACCAACAUCUUUGAGUCGUUCCUGCCCCAGCUGCUGGCUUACCCAAACCCCAUCGACCCCCUGAAUGGAGACGCAGCUGCCAUGUACCUUCACCGGCCAGAGGAGUACAAGCAGAAAAUCAAAGAGUACAUCCAGAAAUAUGCAACAGAGGAGGCUCUGAAGGAGCAGGAAGAGGGGGCAGGCGACUCUUCAUCUGAAAGCUCCAUGUCUGAUUUCUCAGAAGACGAGGCCCAGGACAUGGAGUUGUAGUGAUAGGAGGGCUCCCCCAUCCCGCCUCCUCCUUUAACCCCCACAGAGACUAUAUUUGAUUUCCUAACCAUGAGAAAGCAGACUUAUAAUAUUCAUAUUUAAACAAGUUGAUUUUUUUAUUAUUAUUAUUACUACUAAACAAGGAUUUUUAUGGAUAUCUAGCCUUUGGUGUGUUUGACAGACACCCCUCCCGUUCUGUAGCUGUUCCUCCCUGCACAGAUGUCGCGAUUGCUUUCACACUUCUCUCCCUGUCAUCUCUGCAUUUUUAAGGUGUGUCACGUAGGCGUAGGCAGGAAAUCUCCCUGUGAGCAUCUCAUUUCUCGACUCAGAUUUCACUUUUUGAAAUAUAACUUUCCAGUUUGACCGGAAUCCUUAUUCCCUUUCUUUUUCCACACUGCUAAAUGAUUCUGACCAACAUUUUGUCCGUUGCUCCACGACAGCUGCUUUGGUCUUGCUUGCCUGGGUGCACAGCCGUACAGUAUUAUUAGUGUUUUUGAGGCGCACAAUCACACACAAGGUGACAUAGCACACCUUGUAUGAAAAUACAGAAAGUGUACUGCUAAUAGAUGCUCAUAAAUCAGCCCUGGAUGCUGCCUAAGCAUUUCUCUUUCAACUAUUUAUUGAGACAAUUUAGUAAAAAUAUAUGCCUUUCUUUCUGGUUCAGUUUGGAUCCUACCUUGGCAUGUUACGUAAAGUUUUUGUUACUCUUCGCUGCAGCUGCCUGUUUACAUGUGCCGCUGUGAAGUGCAAAAUAAAUACAAGGUCAGGUCUUGGAAAAUUAAUUAAUGAAAUACAUGUCUCGUUACAGGGUGAGUGACACUGAGGUGAGAAAGACAUGUUGGGCGCUUUCAGUGUUGAUUUGUGGACCUAGCUGUAUAACUGUGUGGAAGACUGGUGCACGAAGGCAACAAAGACGAAAGUGGCGUUUGUGGAGAUUCUGGUCAGACUCACUUGGUGUGAUGGGAAUUGGAAGUAGAACGGAGCUACCCUUUAACCAUCUAACCAUCAUUUCUCGUGCAGCUCGCACUAGUUUUCCGUCAGGAGGCACGUCAAACACAUGAGCACCAAACAUUCUCAUUGUGCUGGAUGCCACUGGCGCUCACUCAUCGGCUUUACAAACAAAUUUCUAUGAGUAUUAUCAGUCAAGAAGACUUUUCAGGUAGAGAACGAAUGUAAUUGUCACCUAUUCUGGUGAGUUUAGAGAACCAGCACCAUUAGUUUCAAUUUUAGUAAAAAGCAACAAACAUGGUCACAUGGUUAUCGAGUGGAUCCCAGUAUAUAUGAAGCGUUUUUAUGGCAGAUUCCGGUUUGUGUAGUAUCAGUCAUCCUCACAUUCCACUAUUACUUGGACUGUGCUCCAGUGCAUGCCCUUCAUAUUGGUCUGACCUGUGGUGUGUACCCCGACUGCAUCAACUGGACUCCCGAGACUUUACGAUCUCUAUUUGGAUCAGUAGUUUGAAGAUGACAAAAUAAGAGCCCAAGUAGUAGCAAUUUUCGUUGAGGGGAAUUAAUUUCAUCUGUACAGAUUUGACUUGUUAUGGAAAAAGAAAAGCUCUGGUGUUACUCAUUGUUGAUUCAGUUUGGCAGUUUAAGAUGUAAAUCCAUGACGUGUGGAAAGAGAAUGCAAUCGCAACUUUGACCUUUGGCUGUUUUUUUCCUUCUUUUAUUUCCUGUACUUUUUUUGCCCGAUGGGGGGGUCAACACGUUUGGAUUUUUUUUUUUUUUUUUUUGUACAGCAUCUACCUUGUACAGUGAUAAAACACCUCUCUGUAGCCUCAUGAAAACUCAGCGUCGAACCCUGAAAUGCUGAGCGAGUGUUGCUUGUCGAGGCUAACGCGGCAGUCAAACUACCUAGAAAACCUUGAAAUGUAUUCACUUCAUAGAUUGCAGUAGGAGUCACUGGUUGCUUUGUGGCAGAUUUUUGGAUUCCUGAGCGGGAGAUUCAAAGCUGAAUUAUAACUCGGGAGGUCACCUUCUUAUCCCUCUUCUGAUCUCAACUCCCUCUUCUGUGCCUCAUCACGAAAGGAAAGGGUGACCAUAAGAAGAAGUCCCCCAAAAAUAUGUGUCCAAAAAAGCCAUAAAGGUCAAAAAUUAGAAAAGCACAUUGUUUUCUACACAGACUGUUUUGACUCUCCUCUUUCUGCAAUGUGCAAUUUGUGAUUUGGCAUCUAAAUGUUCACUCUGUUGCAGAUCUGGGGCCCAGGGCUGAGUGGCAUCGGGUUUAUUUGAGCUAAUGUAGGAUUGUUAGACUUUUCUGGCUCAGGUUUGAAAUAAAGUUUGGUCGUAUCUUGCAUAGUGAUGAGCAUUUUUCACCCGGGUCGUUUUGAAAGGAUGGGAAUCAUGCCGAUAUUUGUUGAACUGUGUUUUUGACAGGAUAGUUAGUUUUGCUGGGUGUUGACUUCAACUAAAACAACAUAAUGCUAUAUGGCUGUAUUACAGAUAGAGUUAGAUAGUUUGGUAUACUUACCUGGUAAAGCAUUCAUUGCUCAUCUGAUUUUUAGUUAGUGUCUGUUGUGUGGUUAAAUGUAAGAUACUCCAUAGACAUGCCUGCUUGUCCUCUUCUCGCAGAUUCAGAGUUGUACAGAUGAGUGAUUUCAAACUAGGGAGAUGUUUGACCUGUAGUGAGCCUGAUAGAUCUAACUGUACAGAAAUCAAAACGUGUGGUUCAGCCCUUUUCGAGUGAUCGGAUUUUCUCCAAAAAACAUGAUUUAAAACACAAUUCUGUGCUCGUAAUUUUCACCACAUUAGAAUGCCGAUUUAGAACAGAAGCUUAAUUUGUUUUUAAUUUCCAAUAUUUAUCCGGGGAUAAUAUCGGGCUGAUGAUUUCUCUCAUUCAGCCUGAGGAGGUUUUUGUACGAGGGAGAAUUAGUGCCAUGUUGAAGGAAAAAAAAAUCUUUGAUUUCAAGAAUAAAGUCAUGAUUUUGAGGGGGAAAACUCAUAAUAUUACAAGAAUGAAGUCGGAAUUUAACAAGAAUCAAGUCAUACUAUUUCAAGAAAAAAAAAUUGGAAUGUUAUAAGAAUAAAGUCGGAAUAUUACAAGAAUAAAGUCGGAAUUUUCGAGAAUAAAGUCACAUUAUCUCAAGAAAAAAAUUCGUAAUAUUACAAGAAUAAAGUUGGAAUUUAACAAGAACAAAGUCAUGUUAUUUCAAGAAAAAAAAUUCGUAAUAUUUUUUAUGUUUUCAUUAAAUUACGACUUCCAUCCAUCCAUGCAUUUUCUAACCGCUUCAUCCUCUUGAGGGUCGCGGGGGGGCUGGAGCCUAUCCCAGCUUAAAUUACGACUUUAUUCUUGUAAUAUUAUUAUUUUCUCCUCACAAUUAUGCCUUUAUCCUUGAAAUUUAGGAUUUUUCCCCUUCAAUGUGGCCCUCAUCCAUCCUUUAAUGUUUGAAUGUUAGCUCGGGGUUGGCUUCCAGCAGGACGCCACCAUUUUAACUGUUGCAGAGCUAACUGUUGUGAUAUCCAACAUGUCUGAGGCAGUAUAAAGCUAUGUGAAUGUUUUAAACGUGUUCAGUUUGUGGUGACGAUCCGCAUCCACGCAAACAGAACAAACCUGUCUGCAGAUCCCCACUCUCACUAUUGGCUUGUGUUUUCUCCUUCAGCUACCUAUAGAUGUUUAUUUAUUCAUUAAAGAGACCUCCUAUUUUUUUUUUUUUUUUUUUUUUAAUCUUUGCCAUCAAGCGCCACUGUUGUAAGUUAUGGUUCAGCUAAAUUAUCACACUGAUGAGACAAGAUCGAGGUUGGGUUUUUUUUUUUUGGUUUCAAGUAAUUCAGAUUGGAAUUCUUGUUUUACAUUUGUGCAGUAUUGUACUUGAGUGCUGAAAAUACAGUAUAUCCAAGCUGAGAAUUGUAAUAAAAUAGCACAUUAUGAUGCAAUGGUGCAACAGGGAACUAAUGAUUUUUUAUUUUUAUUUUUAUUUUUUUUGGUUUAGGGUAAAAAUCAUAGGUUUGAUUUUCAGCAUUAUUUGCAUCUGCUGGGCAAUAAAUUAAUGACAUACUCAGCUGUGGCCUGGUGUUGCUCUGGUAAACAUGACAACCAUCUGAUCUCUUCAGUGGCCUCCGUUGUUCUCUCUCUGUUUUGUUUUGUUUUUAUUGCCACAGAUUACAUAUUCAAGGUCAAGAGAGAUAAUUACUGCCUUUGUGUUUCAGGUUGUCUUUAACUUGAGUCAAGAACUACAGAAAAUGUCCUCAAACCAGUGAAUGAUUUUGCUUCCAUUGCAACUUGAAUUCUCAAUUAUUUUUUCUGAAGAAAACUAUGGGAAAACAUGUUUAUUGUGCUUUUAUUUAAUUUCCUUUUGGCUUUCUCCCCUCCUCCUCCUCCUCCUCCUCCUGUCAUGCUCGAAGACCACUGGUGUACAGAUAACACUGUCUUAACUACACAGUUUAAAUGGCGACUCCAGACAACCACAUUAUGACGAGGCCUCAAAUUUCAAACUGCAAUCCUGCAGUGAAGAUCCAGCCCAGAGCCAUAGCCCCCCACAACCGUACUGUCACACUCCCCCACACCCUGCCGGACACAACAAGGAUGAAGGGCCUCCGCUAAGUGAACGGACUGGUCUCUCAUUAAUCCAUAGACAGGACGUCCAGGGCCCGUCCUCCGUCUUAUCAGCACAGCCUCAGAGAGCCAGCACCCUGAUCCUGUAAUAUCACCCCCACCCCCCCCCCCACCCCCCACCCCCACCUGUGUUGACUGUGUCUCCUUGUGCAUGCUUCUGGUGUGGGGUCGAGGCUCGCUUGGUGCACACCUCCCAUUCUGUCUCGUGCUCGUGUGGAUUUGUGCCCUGGCGCCGGCCGACUGCUGCCGUCAGGGGAUCUAGCAGACACACAGCAUGGAAAAUGGCAGUUUUAAAAAAAAAAAAGAAAAAAUAAAAACUAUGUAUUUGUUACCUAGUGUGUGAUACAUGAGGGUUAAAAAGUCAAAAGGUUUAUUUUGUUUGUUUUUUGUUUCGAAAAGUCCAUCCUUGGUCUUAUUUUUAUCACCCUCUUUGCCCUCCUCUUGUUUUUUUCUUUGCAUUGUGAAGUGGGCAUGCUUGUCAGAAAGACAAAUGCUCUCUAUUAAUAGGCUUAUAACCUCAUAAAUAGUUGUGUAUAAAAUAAACUGUUAUAACUUCUUUUUUAAUAAAACAUUCAAUGUGUAUAAAA